GAUGAUCUGAUGUUUUCAAACGAAUUAUUUAAACCCGCUUCCUUGCGUUCUUUCAUUCUUUGAUUCUUGGUCUGGGAUUAAACUAAGCCCUUUCCCCCCACCCCCCCUCUCUCUCUCUCGGUAUUCAUGGAGUUAUUUGGAAAUUGCUGUAGUUUUCUAGUUGCUUUCCUUGUUCAUUCUCAGAGAUCCUCUCCGGGUAUAAGCAUUUACCUAUGUCACAAGCUAUUUGGUGCUUAACACACUCAGUUUGAAAUUUUAAUUUGGAGAAAGCUUGAUGUUCUUCCUUAGCUUGAUUGAGCAUACUUUGCGUUUGCCCCCUCAUCUACUUAAACUUCCUUUGGAUGAAGCAAUUAAAGGAGAACUCGAGGCACUUUUCUUGGAUAAGGUUAUCCCGAAUUUGGGGCUUUGCAUCUCCAUUUAUGACAUUGGAGAUAUUAAAGAUGGCUUCAUCUAUCCUGGAGAUGGUGCUUCAACCUAUACGGUGCAGUUCAGAUUGAUUAUGUUUCGGCCAUUUGUGGGAGAGAUUAUUGUUGGAAAGUUAAAAUCAUCUGAUGCUAAUGGUUUAAAUUUGUCUGUUGGUUUCUUUGAUGACAUCCAUAUACCUGUCCAUCUUCUGCCUAAUCCAUCCAGUCUUACACUCGACCCAGAGAACAAGCAUGAAGGCAUAUGGACAUGGGAAUUUCAAGAUGAACAAUACCCAAUAGAUGGAAAAGAUGAGAUUCGAUUCCGAGUUCAUAGUAUUAGUUAUCCUCCAAUCCCAAUUGAGCAAGAAAAAGAAGCAAAGCCAUUUGCUCCUAUGGUGAUCACUGGAUCACUUGAUUAUGAUGGUUUGGGUCCUAUUUCAUGGUGGGUAUAGGAGAACCUUGAAAAUCUUGAACGGAUUGUGGUUUUCCAAGCUGAUUGUGUAACUCCGAAGAAAGUCAGGGUGAUGCCUUUUGUCACGAGUAAUUUCUCCUUGGCUAUAUUGAAUGUAACAUAUAAUGUCAAGAGGCUUUUUCUGCUCUGAUUUUCUCAUUAUUUACCCAUAUUCUAACCUUAUUUCUUCUCAUAAGAUUUUUGAAAGAGAAAUGUAUAAUCUGGA